UUAUUAUCAAAACUUGUCAUCUAUUCCUAUUUCUCAUAUAUCCAUGGAAAGAUUGUCUGAACCCAAUUCACGAAUCUCCAAAUCCCAUCUUUUUUUGUUGUUGAAAUGCAUUUAUAGAUCAUAAAUUGUACGUAUACCUGCUUUUCCGAUCAGAAUCAUAACCCCCACAUCCCUCUUUAUGAUACCAAUCGACCCCUCAAAUCUCAAUCUUGAACUCAGAUCUCCUGUUUUACACUUCACCAACUCAUCUUUAUGCUCAAAAUCCAACAAAAACAGGGAACGAUAAGCAAUCACGGAGCUCAAGUUGUGAUAUUAAUCGGAAAGGUUUUAAGUUGUCAGAACUUUCCAGCCUAAAGAGGAAAAUUUCAAGUUUGUAGAAAUGCAGUCACGAUCGCCAAAAAUAACCAUUAAAAUGGGAGGGAAAACGCCGGACAUGACUCCACCUACCGUCAAAAGCAUUCCUGAAACCUCAGAAAAUGACCAAAAUGCCCUUGAGGGCUCCAGUGUUCCUUCAAACAACGAUAGAAAAGAAACAGACGAAAACGUUUUAGACGUUUCUUCAUCUGACUAUAGCUCAGACGACGAAGAUAAAAACAAACAAAUGGUGGUUUACGAUUAUUCUCAAAACGGUUCUGAGCCAGUCAAACCCGUCAAGAAAACCAAAUCUGAUAAACCUCGGGUUGUUUCUAAAACGCCACCUUCAGUAGGUGCGUUCACCGUCCAAUGUGCUAAUUGUUUCAAAUGGCGGUUAAUCCCGGAUCAAGAGAAAUACGAGGUGAUUAGGGAACAUAUCACCGACCAGCCGUUUUUAUGCGAAACAACCCGUCAAUGGAAUCGGGUUGUUUCGUGUGAUGACCCGACUGAUAUUGAGCAAGAUGGGACCCGUAUAUGGGCUAUUGAUAAACCCGACAUUGCUCGACCGCCACCUGGCUGGAAGCGGAUUUUGCGGCUGAGAAAUGAAGGCAGCUCUAAAUUUGCAGACGUAUAUUAUACGUCACCAACAGGCGCUAAACUUCGCUCGCUGCCUGAUGUUACGCGAUAUUUUGAAAGUCACCCGGAACAUGCACAAGGAAUUGGGCUAGGAAGGUUUUCGUUUCAGAUCCCGAAACCGUUACAGAAAGACUAUGUGAAAAAACGUCCGGCUCAGAUGGCAGCACCAAAGACACCAGAAACUCUUGAACCGUCACCAGUUGAACCGCUAGCGUGGGCAGGUCCAGUCGAGAAAUUGGAUUUGCAGCUUGCUGAACCGUUAUCAUGGGCGGGUCCCGUGGAGGACAAUAAUGGCAUGCCUGCGUAUUUGAAGACACCCGAAUUUGACCCUGCAAAUCAGGCUGCAAAGAAAGCAAAGACAGAUGAUUCCAAUCAUUUAUAACGAAAGGGGUAUAAAAAGGAUUGUAUCUUUUGUUCGGUAUGUUGUUGAUAUAUCUGGUUAGAAUCUGCAUUAGUGUCUGUUGGCAUCUCAUUGUAAAGAUGUGUAAUGUGUAAAAUGACGGGUCUGAAGACUUGGUCUCGGUUUUUGGUGUACCCGAUUCAAAAUCUGUAUCGGACUUUUGAUCUUAAGGUAGGGUUCAAGUGAACUAGCGGGUUUUUGGAACAAAAGUUAAAAGAUCUAUCGUUGUUAUUGCCGGUACUGUUUUUAGUCUAAUAUGAAUUAGAUUAUUUAACGAAAA